GCCAGGUCAUGAAAUGUAUCAAUUCUUCGUUAAAUUAGAAAACAUUUGAGUUAAAAUUUUCUUUUAAAAUUUAAUUUAUUAUUUUAUUUGGAAGUUGUUAUUCAUCCUCUUUCGAAUCUAUUAAAUUGUCAAGAAAGAAUAUUUGUUGAUAAUGGCAUGUUUCAGGCACGGUUUAGUAAAAGCUUCUGGUGUUUGAUGAUCAAGUAGGUCAGUUGAUGCAGUGAUGAAAACUGCUAGUCUGCUUGCCAAGAACCAAUUAUAUAAUCACGAUUCACCAUGGAAUUCAGGAGAAAUGAAAUGUGAUCUUUGCUCAUAUUCAACAAAGAAAAUUGUUAAUUAUGAAAAGCAUCUAUCCAUUCAUUUUGGUUGUAUUACCUAUGAUUGUCAACUUUGUGGGGAAGAGUUCAAUGAAUCAGUUGAUUUGCUGCGCCAUCUCUGUGCCUCCAAAGAAGGGGAUAAAAUAUUUAGUUGCGAAUUUUGCACUAAAGAAUUCGCAUUCCAAGCAGGGUUAAGAAAGCAUCUUAGAAGACACACUGGCUUCCAAAUCCAUUGUUGUGAUCAGUGUGAUAAAAAAUUUAAUGAAAAGGCUGACUUGGUCCGGCACAUGCGAACCCAUAGAGGAGAGAAGAAUUAUGAGUGUGACCUGUGUGAUAAAAGCUUUUAUGAGAAAAAAGACUUGUCUCGGCAUGUCCAGUCUCACAGUGGGGAAAAACCAUUUGUUUGUGCUGAAUGUGGGAAGAAAUUUAGCCGAAAAAAUGACCUUGUGCGGCAUUCACGUCUUCACACAGGAGAGCGCUACUUUAACUGUGAGUACUGUGGGAAAGAGUUUUAUCGAAAAGAUAAACUUAAUAUUCAUGUCCGUGUCCAUACUGGUGAAAAACCAUUUUCGUGUGAUUAUUGUGGCAGAAGAUUCAGUGCAAAAACUGAUAUGUUACGUCAUUUUCGAUUGCAUACUGGAGAAAAACGAAGUUCGUGUGGUUACUGUGGCAAACAUUUUAACAUGAAAAAUAAAUUAAUUGAUCAUGUAUGUGAGCUUAAAGUGGGAAUGGCUGCUUUUAAUGACCUUGAAAACAGCAGGGAAGCAGAAAAUGUCUCCCACAAACUUCUUAAAAACAUGAAAAAUGAAGAACCUAGCCAUAGCAGAGAAUCUAAAAAAAAGAUUCGAAAAUUGUUCACUAGUAUAAAAAAUGAAGAGGAUUCUAAAAGUGGACAUGAGGAGAAUAUGCCAGAAAAUCUUAAAAUAAAUAAUAGGGAUUGAAGCUUUCUGGUAACAUUUCAGAAAGCUUAAUGAUUGAGAAUCCCCCCCCCCUCAGUAUUUUGAUUCUCUGAAUUUAUGCUAAAAACAUUUACCCUUACGUAUAUUGAAUAACUACAUUGUAUGGAAAAAACUGUAAAUAAAUAAUAGUGUGAAAUUUCACCUUUAAAUAUUUUGUUAUCAGUAAAACAGAUUCAAUAUACCUAAUUGAAAUAUUUUUGAAUUGCUAUAAUAACAUAUGUAUAUUUUUUAUCAUAUCUAUUUCCAAAAGUAGUCAAGAAAAAAGUUGACUUAAGAGUAAUGUCCAUUUUCCAAAGCUGAUUUAAAUAAUUACAAAUGUGUAUUGUAAUUAUAAGAAGAAAAAUAAAACAUUUGUUUUCAUUUUUUUAUAGAUACUGGCAAAUUUUUGGAUGAUUGGCUUAAUUUAUUGUGUGUGGCUUGAAAAUGGACAUUAAACUUAAGUCUUACCUCAAGAAAAUAUAUAAAUGACAAUCUCUAGUUUAUUCCCUUACCUUUGUUUUCAAUAUUGCCAUAUGUAAUUGUACUACGUGAAGUUAAACUUCAUCUUGUCCAUCAUUCAAAUACAUUAAUUGGAAUUUUGUGAAGCAAAAGAUUUUCACUUGGGAAUUUAAUAAGAAAAAAACUCAAGCAAAUUUAGGUGUAACACUAAUUCCUGACCUUAAGCUAUUUAUAGAUUAUUUUUAAUUUUCUCUACAAAUUAUCCAUUGUUCAAUCAUGACUUGAUUACUUUUUGUAACUAAAACUAUUUGUCAUUUUACAAUUUUAAAUAUCAUAUUAUGAUUCUUUGAAUCAUUUUUAUUUUGAAAUUUAAAGUAUGACAGGAACAAUAAUUUAUUUUUGAUAUAAAAUAUUCAAAGGAGUAUGCUCUCUGAAUUAUAAAUACUUAAUAUUCUGUUAUGACACUAAAUACCUCAAAGUGAGCUUUAAAGUAUAUUAUGAUAAAGAUAUUUUUGUAUUUCUUAAAAAAAAAAAGUGCCUUUUAAUUAAUGCUUCAGUUUUGAAUCUUUAAUUUUAGUACUUUACAAAAUGUUUAUACUGAAAAAUUGUCAUAUUAUUCAAUAUUUAUAUGCUUGUUAAGAGAAUUAAGCUUUUAUCUAUAUUUAAUUUGAUUUUUUUGCAGCAUAAUAGCAAAGCCAGAAUGUCAAGAAGAUAAUUAUCUAAAACUCCUGUAAUUUGAGACUUUUUUUUUUUGGUGUAAUUUAAUUUUGCAUUUUUUAUUUGUAUAAAUUAUAUAAUUGAAUUUAAAAAAUCAUUGUUUCAAUUACAGAGCUUUCAUAAUGAGAAUUUUCUCAAAUUUGCCUGCAGUUAAUGUGGUAUUUCUUGCAAUUGGCUGAUUAAUUUCAUAAUCAAUAAUCCUGCAAUCUUCUUGUUAGAGUGCUCAGGUUCUUAAAAAUAAAUUCUGUCCAAAACUACUUUUUAAAAAAGUUUUUUUUU